GAAACAAAAAUUGUCACAGCUAUUAAACCGUGUUUUCAAAACAAAGAAAUAUGCUAUUCAAUUUAUGUUUCGUCUUCUUUAUUCUCUGUAUGUGUGAUAAGGGUUUUGUGGCUGGAGCAACAGGGAAUGAUGACCACCACAGAAUGAUGGAAAGACUGGAAGUCUUAGAGAAACAACACCAGGAUAGUCAGUCAAAAAUAGAAAGUUUGGAGCGCACAGUAAGAUCACAGGCCGAGCAGAUUACAGCACAAGCACGUGCCAUCAAGGGUUUUGACUUUAUAGUGCACAAGCACAGGGCACGUGUACAAGAGGCCUACAGAACGUCUCGACUAAACAGCAGAAAAAUAAUUGUGUUGCAAAAUGUUUUAGUGAACACUGGUUUAAUAAAGAAAGAGAAUGUUGGAGACAAAGAAUCUCAACAUGAAACAGAUGAGGAACAUAAACUUAUACAUAAGAAGGUACUCAGCGUCGAAUCAAACCUACCAGAAGCAAUGAAUACUGAAAGUAAAUUGUAUCAUCGGGAGCCGACUGACAGUGGAACCAAACAUCAAAGACAAACGCGGAUUAUGAGAAGAAACGUUACAGCAAAUGAAAGGCUGGCUAGUGGAAAACGUCAAGGAUCUGAGGGAAUAGCAUUUUCCGUGUAUUUGGAUCAUGACGUUGACCUUGGAGCUCACCAAACCGUUAAGUUCAGUCAGAUUAUAACAAACGAGAGAAACGGUUACAGUCCGCAUUCGGGUGUGUUCACGUGCCCAGAGGGUGGCAUGUACAUGUUCUCUUUUUUCAUAGGUGAAAGAGAUUCCAGGGGCAUGUUUGCUGAAUUGAUGGUUAAUAGUAAAAAUGUUCUCGAUGCCAUUGUGGAUUCUACCAGCCCAAAUCAGGAUCUUACGGGCGGUAAUGUAGCAGUGAUUCGCUUGAACCAGGGUGAUGCCGUUUGGGUGGAGUCGCAUAACACCGGUGAUCAUGCAGAAGGAAGCGCUGCUGUUAAACUUACAUCAUUCUCUGGUGUAUAUCUGUUUCCUUGAUUCUCGUUUCCCUGUAAAAAUUAUAUAGUUUUGCGCUUUUGGAUACAAAUUGAAACUAAUGAAAUGAUACAAAUAUUGUUCAUUAUAUUUGACUAUAAAAAAGGUCUCAGUUUAAAAUUGCGCAGGUAAGAUUCCCGAGAGAUAUAGACUUGGAGUCAUUGAUUAUAACUGCGCA